UAGGGAAACCCACCACAGUCUAAGAUUUAACACUCAGUGUGAAUAGACAUGGCACCAAGCAUCUUUCCACACAAUUAGCACAGUUACUGUUCUCUAUCUGAUAAACAGAUUUUUUUUCUAAUAGCAUAAUUCUCCCUCUACUGUGAUUAAGUCUCUUUCAUAAAUUGCUCAUGUAGCAUGUGGAAGCCUUACUGAUCUACUUCCUCCUCUACUCUUUUUGAAAGAUCAUUCCUGAAUACAAACGACUAAAACUGAAUAUAAAUUCAGCUCUAAAUUUACUCCUAACCUAUUUAUACCCAUUUGAUUUCAAUCCUAUAUUUUUUGUAUAAAUAAUCAUUUUUCUCUGAUACUUGCAAACCUUUUCAAAACCACUCAUCUCCACUUUCUUAAGGUACCCAAGGUAAGCUCUUUCAAUGUCCUUUCAGAAGCCAGGAACUCCUUCUAGUCGUAAUAGAAGACUUCACUUUUACUUGUGUCAGUUUAAAUUCAUGAUCACUCAACAUAGUUGACCAGAACAGCACAUGAGACUCUAACUGAGUGCUCUGCACAAAUUCUUUCCCUGCAUCUCUCAAACAUCAUUGGCCUAAUGUGCACUCGAAUUAUACACUCUUUUCACAUGGGCAUGUCCUGUUAGUGACUCAUUAUCUCCCUGGCACAAAGCAAAAAAUCUUUUUUUUAGCCCUAAGUAUAUGACUUUAUUGUUAAACUUUGGUUGACUUCUAUCACUUCUAUACAAAAACUCUUCUUAUCCUUCCUGUAUAAUGACUUGAUUGUCCCCAGGAAGAGUAGAACCAUUCAGAUAACAUUGCUAUAGGCCCAGCUCUUGAACCACACUCAUGAUCCAGGUAAUGGAUCAGACAGGAUUAGUCCCAUGACCAAUGCCUAUCUACUUGCAGAACACUGCAAGUAAUCCCAGUAAAAGUCAGUAAUUCCCUUCUCAGUGCUAAAAUGAUGUUUCUUUAGUGAUCUCCUUAUUUACCUUGCAGUCCUUCUGACAGGUCACAUCCUCUCCCUGUUCCCAUCACUUAAAUUUCAACAAAGGACAUUGUACAAAAUAUUCUGUUUAAGUCUAGAUGGAUCAAGUUAGUUGUAUUACUUUUGUCUGAAAUGUCAGCUAAAUUUCACUCCUUCCUUCCUUUACCUCUUUUCUUAAGCCCUUUGGUUUAGUUUUUGGUUUUUUUCUAGAUCCAGCUCAAUAUAGUUAUGGCCAUAUGCCCUUUAUUCCUUCAAUUUUUGUGCAUAGGAAGUCUGCAGCACUGCAGAAUUCCAAUAUCCUGGCAGACCAGGACAACUCUAUGUUUCUGGUAGUGUCAGUUACGGAGACAUGAAUAAUUAAAAAAUAAUUAAUAGAAAUAUAGUUCAGUUUAUUAGAGGUAUAAAAUUACUUCAGAUUUUAAACAUCUGUGAAAGUCUGAGCCAGAAGGAAACAUGCACGAGGUUGAUAAGGGAGUCUAAAUACAUGAAAAUUCAGGAACCCUGAGUAGGAAAGACAAAACAAACAUAUAUUUACCUUUUUAGUUGAGUUGAAGAUUACUGAAAACAUAGCUAUAUAAUUUUGUCAGCAGCACAGACCUGAUUUUCAUAACAAUCUUUGAAGUCAUAAAAGGAAUAAAUAAAAUGCACUCGUUAUCAUCUGUGCUUCACAGGAGUGCAGUGUAGCUUCAAAAAAAGCCAUUUGAAGGUCACUUAGGUCUCAUAGCCUUGAGGUAAGCAUACUUGUUUAGACCAGUUGUAUUCUUCUGCAGUCGUCCUGCAAAACAAGAAUUUGCUGACAAGUUUUCCUAUAAAAUCUGGUUACAUUGCAUAUACUUUUGCAGAAAGGGACAUUAACAUCAAAGGGCAAAGAACAUCUUUGACUUCAGUCCAGGACAUCCUCUUCAGCAGACUUGUGGAGACAGAAAUAUCAUGACUAUGGCAAGUACAGAGCUCUAUUAAUUUUCUUUUUAUUACAUGGAUGCAUAAGAUUUAGCACUAUAGAUGCUAUGGAUGUGACAGCAAAAUUUUAAAUUUAUUUCUAAUAGUUUUCAAAUCAAUUAUUUGCAUCUGACUUCCUGCUUUUGGGGGGAUGCAGAAUCCUUUUUUUUUAGCUCCAUCAUGUAAACUGGUUUGUAUGUGCCUCAAAAUUCAAAAUUAAGAAAGAGAAGAUGGCUUCUUUUAAGGCCAACCUGACAAAUUAUUUUGUGUAUCUAAAGGAAUUCCACAGUCAAGUAUUAAUGUGACAUUGAGCAAGAAAUGGGAAUGGGCAGCACCUUCUAAUUAGACUUUUCAGAAAGCAGUUGUGUUGUUUUAUUUUGAUUCAGCAGGACUUUGUCACUAAAAAGAUAAAGGGAUUUUUGUCUGUCUGAAUCGUCAGUAUAGUUCAAGGAGGACUGUGGUGUGUUUAGCUACAUUUGGAGGUAAUAUUUUUAACUUGUAUUUAAGGAACCCAAAUAUAGGUGGAACCUUUUGUUUACAAAACCCUACUUUAGAAUUUGUACAGCAAACACACUCCUGGCAUGAUUCAGGUGUCUUGCUACUUUCACAAAAGGUUUGUUUAGAGCCAGUGCUCUAAACACGUAAAUAUGUUGAACACAGAACUUUUGCUGUUGCCAAAUGCAGCUUGAAAAUAAACAACCAUUUACAGUCCCACUAUUUUUAUUUGAUUUUGAUUAGUUGGACAAAAUUGCUUCCAGAAGUCUCUGCUUGCCUAAAUUAUGUUGGAAGGCUGUGAUUUGUGUCGGGAGUGACUUCUCCACUGGAGGUCACUGUUGUGCAGAAAACAGGGAAGGGCACCACAGGAAAAACACACAUGCUGUUUCUACCCAGAGCUGCGUGGAGAGGUUCGCUUCCCUCAUAGUUACGAGGUGAGAUCCACCAAACUGCAGGUGCAAUUCGUCUCACAGUGUGUGACAGAAUGGGGGACACACGGCCCACUUAUCUCUCAUUUCCCAGGUAGCACAUUCCGAAUACUGGAUAAAAAGAGGAAAGGUGAGGUUAGCAGAAGAGCCUUGGAAAAAGACAUGAGAGUAGGGCAGGAAGAAAGAAAUGUUCUUUUUGAAAGAAACUCUGUAUACUAGUAAGACUUUGUGUACACUCUCUGCCUAAGCUGGCUUUACCGAAAUGACUUCCAGCAGAUGGAAAACUGAUCAUGGGUCUCUGCUGUGAUUGACAGAGGCACAGAUGAAUGCAUUCUUAUUUAACCUGACUUACACUUUCUUUUGUUUAUGGGUUUAUAUCACAGGCUAAUUAGUCACUUUAAAGAAGGUUUUUAUUACCAACUUGCUACCACCUGCUAAGGAUCAGGGAUCAGAAUUCACUGAUAGUCAAAAUAAAGUUUUUUAAAAGGCUAAAGGGUAGGGACGUAGAAAAGGAUGUCAGGCAUUAUGCAAAUACCAGGCAGAAAGCCUUAGGAAUUUUUUUUUUUGAACCAUUCUUCUUAAAGCUGUUUGGAUUAAACUGUGUUUUCAUUUUUAAACUUUAUUGUCUUUGAUUAAAACUGCUGCUGAAGUUACUUUAUGUUUUGAAAUGCUUAUGCUGGGGGAGCAUCCUCUUCGUUGUUAUUUAGGCCACAUCACUGUCUUUAUUACUGGUGUCUGGAAUUAUACAAAACUAAGAAAUCUUAUAAAGGGCUGCAUUUAUUUUUAAUUAAACUUUAACAUUCUAGAUUGAAUGUUUUUCUAGACACCUAACUCUAUGUCUGACAAUCCUUGAAAAUGUGUUGCUCAUACAAGAAAAUCAACAAUAGAGAAUGUGAGAUUGUCUACAUGAGAGAAAUUCUGAGGUUUGACCACUUCUGUGACUAGUCGAAAGGUCCAAUACUCUAAACAUGUCUGUUCCUCUUGCUUUUGCACUUCCUCUUCCUCCUGAUACCAGCAGCUGGGGGGGAUGCCGAGGGGGAACCAGCAGAUAAUCCCCUGCCCAACCACUUACAUGAGGGUAUAUGGGGAGGAAACUGAAGCAACUUCCUUGAGAAAGUUUCCUUCCACUCUUACUGCCUAAUAUCUCCUUCCCCCAGUUUAGACUCUCUCUCUUCUCCUCUCCCUGGUGCCAGGGCGCUGCUGAGCCACGCCCAUGCUCUCAGGCUUGCAAGGGCUCCAGCCAGCCCUGGGUCCCUCCCCGACAGGGUGAGUCUCAGCGAGGGGGCACAGUCAGGGCCCAGUGAGCCGAUGGUGGGGGAAGGCAGGGCACAGGCAUGGCCAUUCCUGAGGGGCACAGGGGAGGGGGGCUGAGGGACCACAACCUCACAAGGGCAGACUGUCCCCAGCUGCCAGAGAUCCUUUCCCCACACAAACUGCUGGUGCUCAGCUCCCAGUAGCCCUUCCCUGCUCCUCCAUCCUUCAUCUCUACCCCAGUCUCUACUGAUUUUCAACUAUUUGAUAGAUCCAUAGCAUUAACUUGAGGAGACAGGGAAUCCUGCAUGUCAGUUGUCCCCAAACAGCAUCUGGAAAGGCCGUUUGUUCCCAUAAGCAUGACAGACACAAGGGAAUGCAGUUAAUUCACACAUGACCACAUCAAAUUUCAGUCAGAAGUGCUAAAACUACCUUCAAUUUUUUUACAAUACAAUGGAAAUGCCGCAGCACAUUUUUCAGGAAGUCUAGGCCUGCCUGCAGACACAAAGAUAAUGCAGCCUGACACUGCCAGAAACUUUGGUUCUCAUCGCGUGCUGUAGCAAUUGCAGGCAGAAGAUCCUGACAGUGUUCAGGAACAUCAAGUUUUUACUGAAAAUCAGUUACUUUUCAAAGUGAUGCUGUAAAAGGAUCACUGCCAUGGUGAGGAGGUACUUCUCCCCAGAUUUCCUGACCCUGGGGAGUGGCACAGCGUUGUAAGGCAGGACUUCAGACUCUUUGACUUGCCUUCUGACAAGGUGUAUGUACUCAAAAUAUUACUCCCAGCAGCAGCAUGAAAGCAGGUACUCUGUAGCUUUUUCAGUACAAGUAUGUAUACAGAUUAUCAAUGGAGAAAUAUGUCAUUUUUGCUGUUGUGUCCAGUCUUUCACCAGGAGGCAAAAGCCUUGUGAGAGAGAGGAGGAGGCAGGAAGCAAAAUUGCACUGAAAAAUGUUCCUAGCAUUGACUUUCUCUUAUCAAUAUUCCACGUAUUUGCGUGCAUUGUUAUAUUAUAGAACAACAUUAUUCCACCUUACAAAGAAGAUUUUCAAGUUUGCUUUAAUGAUAUUAAUGUACCCGUCUAAAGGUGGUCUCCCACAUACUUCCCUCUACCUUCUUCCCCAUAUAUACCUGGUUUAAAGAUUAUCUGCUCCAGCCAAUCAUUUCUGCCUUUUUCUUCUCUCAUGCUCACUCACCACUAAUUCUGUUAUGCCGUCUCACCUGAUCUAGGAUCAUGUAAUAUACUUAAGGUCAGUGAAAUGAAGUAGGUUAAAAACAAUAUGAAAAGAAAAAGAUUUUUUGUGUAUGUGUGUAUCAUGUCACUUCAGUUUACACCAACUCCAGCAGCAGUAUUGACACAGCUGUGAAGGUAACAAGACUCCAACUAUGAUAGUCUUUGUGACCAUUGAAUUGGAAAGCCAGAGGUGUUCAGAUGGAAGUGCCUGACUUUUCAAACCCUUUCAGUGCAUGGGACAACAUCAGUAGAUGAAAACAAGGCACCUCAAAAAGGUGGACUAGCACUUAUAGCAGAGAAACUCAGUGAUACUCACAGAAUCACAGAGUCACAGGAUCCUUAGGGUUGGAAGGAACCUCUGGAGAUCAUCUAGUCUGACCCCCCCGCCAGGGCAGUGUCACUUAGAGCAGAUGACACAGGAACUGCUCCAGGUGCCUUUUGAAUGUCUUCAGGGAGGGAGACUCCACAACCUCCCUGGGCAGCUGUUCCAGUGUUCUGCUCAAUGCUAUGUUUCUUCCAUGUUGAGGUGGAACUUCUUGUGUUUUAGUUUAUGACCACUGCUCCUUGUUCCAUUGCUGGGCACCACUGAAAAGAGUCUGUCACCAUCCUUUUGGCACCCACCUUUGAGAUAUACAUAUUAAUGAGAUAUCCUCUUAGUCUUGUCUUGGCUAAACAGGCCCAGCUCCCACAGUCUCUCCCCUUAAGAGAGAUGUUCCAGACCCCUCAUCAUCUUUGUGGCCUCCACAGGACCCACUCCAGUACCUCCUUGUCUUGGAGACCAGAACUGAACACAGUAAUCUAGAUGUGGCCUCACUAAGGCUGAGAAGAAGGGGAAGAUCACCUUCCUCAAUCUGCUGGCCACACUUUUCCCUAGUGGCCAGUGUUCUGACUCUUUUUCUUCCCUUUUUUCUUUCUUUGGUUUUUGAUAAAUUUAAUUCCAAAGCAGGCACUUUUCCCAAAGGUACAUGGAAACAGUUGAAUAAAUGGUCUGAUAAAAAAACAUAUUUAAAGUUACAGUCAUAAAAUUUGCGCCUUGUAACAAUAACACACCAUUGCUGUGCUGGGAUUUAGAUGGUGGCUGUGUUCUACACAGAGAGUGUAUGGCAUGUUUAUAGAUGGUAUGUUUAUAGAUGAGAAAACAUUAUCGAUAUUCUGGUCUUGCUUGAACAUUAUCUUGUGAUUUUGUUGCUGCUGCUGUUGUUUUUGUGAAAAAUAAAAAAGGCAAAAUAACUUCACAUUGCUUUCAGGCUUGAGGGUCCUGUUCCUGAAAGUAUUAAUUCCUUCAUAUUCUUUCUUCACCUAAAAAUAACUAAUUUCUCUAUAUCACUCACAAACAUCCUUCAAAGAAACAUGUGGAAAAAAACCAGAAAAGUUUCAGGAAGCUGCUGCACCUGCAAGUGUAAAAUGAAGCAUAUGAGCAUUGCAGAUGGGCAACUUUCACAGUAAUUUCACAGCAUAAACUGUUAUUUUCAUUGUGUUUUUUGCAAUUUUUGUUCUCAGCAGCAUUCUGUCAGUCAGGGUUAUACUUAUUUGUGUGUACUGGAUAAAAGAGAAGACAGAAGGAACUGUCUAGCAUUCAGAGCUGCAGAAAUGAGCUAGUUCUUUGAUCAUUGCAUGAUUUGUCUAGAGCUGAUAUUGUGAGCAAACACUUGCAGUGGUUUUUACCCAUGCGAAAUGACUGUAUUGCUACAGUUAGCAUCUUAAAACAGUCAAACUGUCUUAAGACUGCCAGAUAUAAUAGCAAGCCACAAAGUCUAAUCUGCCCUAGUAUUAAUAAUAAAUGCUUUAUCAUCUGUGAUGAUUGUUUAUUUUCACAAAAAAAAUAUUAUUUUAUAAAUAAAAUAUAGUGUUUAGCAGAAUGAAUAGCAUAAAGAAAUGCAUUUCUACCACUACGAAAAAAACCCCAUUAUGUUAUGUAACCAAAAAAUCAGUUAGCUUUGGCACGUAGCAGUGUCUUUAACUCAAAUAAGUACCAUCCCACACUCUAAUAAAUUUCUGAACAUACUAAGAUAGAAGUUUUAGUAAAAUAAAGCUGGAAACAUAAUGCACUUCCAAUGUUUUACUUUGACAACCCAAAUCCUUUCAAAAAUACUAAGAAGGUUGUGCAGAACAGCCUUUAAUUAAUUCAGACACACAGUUUUCUUCUGCAAUCUCACCCCUGUGCAGAGCUCCAGCAAUUUCACUGAGCUGUAUUUUGUAGGGGGUUCCGCCUUUGUGGUUUGGGUUUACCUUCAGCACAAAUACAAGUUUAGAAUUUCUUGUGAAGCUUAUUUUCUCAACGUCGGCUUUCCCAUUCUAUAUCAUCCUUCCAACUCUUUGACUUGUGUAACAAGCACCCUUCUGCAGAAGGACAGAAGAAAUGUAUGGUCAUAGUUUUUAAAAAAGAUGUAUCUCCACAUUGCAGAAAUUUUAAAAAACUGGCAAGCGGAAUCUCUCGAGAUCCUACUGGCAUAGGUCAUAGCAAAUAAACAUGUCAGCCAACACCUGAUGAGUGGGAAUGUAUGCAGGAUUCUUAGUGGUAGCAGGACACUAGACUUGAGGUCAGCCCCGUCUUUAUGCCUGUAAUUGCCACACACGUUUCCUUAGCUGCUAUUCUGUAAAGACUCAAGCUUGUGUGCACCCAUAGAGCUUCACGGGACUACACAAUAUGGGGAAAAUGCAAUACUUUUGAAUAUCACAUGGUGCAUACUGCUGAUGGCAGCAGCCAACCAGUCUGAACACACUUUAGUUCCCUUUUCCUACACCACUUCUUGCCUAAUAUCCUGAAGAGAGCAGUUCUCUCUACUGUUCAUGAUAAUGAAAACCACAAGCGACAUUCUUAUGCAAACCCUCUGAGAGAAGCAGAACUCCUCUUAGUGAACGGACCAGGCUGUUAAGGUGAAACACCCGUGGAUUGUCACAUUGAGGGAGCCAGUUUUUCUGCCUGUAUCAAAAUACUGGAGACCUUUGGGAUAUCCAGCGUAGGAAGUCACGUUUGAGGUUACUCAUGGAAAAAUUUGAGAAGGGUAGUGAAGACAGAGAGGAUGAUCCUGUUCAAAGUCAACCCUUCAAAAUCCGAAGAGAAGAAAUUCCUGAAGGAUUACAACAGGAAAGGAAAGCAGUGUUUGAGAAACUAGCAAGUCAAGGAAAUGCAAUGUGUACUCCAGGACCCAGUACCUCUCAUGAAACUGUUCAUCCUAAGCCUCCUCUGGCAGAUAAGCCUUCAAUUGAUGACAAAAGAGAGCAUAAUCCAAAGCCAUCACAUUUGAACCCAGUGGCACAAAGGUUUGGUGUUCAUCUUCAGCCAACUAACAGAGAAAAUUAUGGAAAAACUGAAUUCACUAAAUUCCCCAUCAAAACCUGUGACUCGGCAAAAGUGGACCCAAAGCCUCUAUGUCCAAAACCUGCAAGGAACAAGUUCCCCAGCUCUGCUCAUCCUGAUAAAGAAGAAAAUACUCUGGGAGCAAAACCAAAUUCAGAUUUGGCAUCACAGAAGAGUGAGGCAGAACCAACAUUUCCAAAAGUAACUGGAAUUAAGAAAAAGCUAAUGUCUGCAGCACAGGAAAAUGUACCCAAGCCUUCUCUCUUUAAAAAACCUUCUUUUAACACUGAGGUCUCUAACAAUACAGACACUUCUAAUAAAUGUGGUUCUCUUCAAAGUAGUCUGUCAGGCCCUGGAACAAAUACACACUCACUUAAGAAAGUAAAGGAAAUGAGUGAAAAUAACUCAGCUGCAGAAGCUGCAGGUAGUCAUCUUCCUAAAAUAUCUCUGAAGCCUGCUGGCCACUCACAGAGCUUAUUUCAAGGCACCUCGAAAAACGUGGAGGAAGAGACUGAAGAAAAGGGAAUGAGUGUUACCAAGACCACCAUUGCCAAGAAAGUCAACCAGGAAGGAUCAGAUUCUUUUCCUAAGUUUCAUAAAAUCAAUACAGCACUUGGUGCAGAAAGGUCAUCAGAUGAAUCACAAGAGAAAGAGGAUGGGGACAGGAGUUCAAGAUGCCCCAAGCAAAGGGUUUGGGGCCCAGUGGUCAAGAUGGCCCCGAACCCACCAAAGCCCAACAGACCCCCACAUGUGAAACUACGAGGAUACCAGAAGAGCACCCCAGAAAAGACUAAAGGUUUGAAACUGUCAGCACCUUCCUCAGCAGCAUCUGCCCCACAGUUUCCACCUCCUCCACCAAUCUCUUACCCAGCCCUGCAGGUUAAGGCAGCUCCCAGUCUGCCUCCCAGAAACAUCAAGCCCAGCUCUGAAACAAGAAAUCCAGAAAAUGAAGAAAAUUAUGAUGACGUGGAAUUUGUUUCACAGGGUCAUGGAAGUACACAGGGGGGCCAACAAAGUGAUGUAGAGAUGUAUGAAGAUAUAAAUGACAUCAGAUCAUCAAGGGAAAAAGAGAAGAAGCAGAACAAAGAAGAUAAGAGAAGAAUGGAACAAGAGAAAAGAGAACAAAAGGAAAAAGAAAAGAAAGAACUGGAAUUAAGGAAGAAGUUCAAAUUAAUGAGACCCAUUGAAGUUAUUCAUCAGGCACGAGCUUGUGUUGACUACAAAGGGGGGAAGAAUGAACUGACUGUCAAAGAGGGGGAUAAGAUUGAAAUCAUUCGCCUCACAGACAACCCAGAAGGAAAGUGGCUGGGCAGGAUAGGAGAAUGCUAUGGAUACAUUAAAACGACCAUGGUAGAGAUUGAUUAUGACUCUUUGAAAAGAAAGCAACGAGCACCUACUGGAGCCAAUGUGGAAUUUUCAGAGUGUGACAUGGAAGUGUAUGAUGAUGUUGCAGAGCAGGAGAGCUUGAUGAGCCUAGGUUCCGACAGUACUGGAACUGGAAAUAUGCUCCCACCUCCUCCUCCUUCUAAUCAAGAUAUUUACGAUGAAAUUGAUGAUGGAGGUCCCAUAGCAAGGUCUGUAUCACAGGAUGAAGAUAAGAAUGGUAUCUGGUCCUGGGGAAUCUUGAAGAGGCUAAAGGUCAAAGAUGACAAAAAGAAAAGUAUACGAGAAAAAACAACCAAAGUCAAUGAGGCAGAAGAUAAUGGAAAUUUAUUCACAUCUUCUUCAACAAAGCUGUCUGGAAAAGAUUGUGGAGAGGAUGUGUACGAUGACGUGGAUUCUUCGGACUUCCCUCCACCGCCGCUUGAUGAUACUUCAUCAAAAGUAGCAAGCUUUGGAAAAAGGAAAUCGGAUGAAAAAGAUGUACAAAAGCAUGAACAGAUGGAAAGAAAAGAGAAAGAAUUCCGGAAAAAAUUCAAAUUUGUAGGUAAAAUAAAAGUUCUUUUUUCUACUACUGUGGUUCAGAAUUUGCCUAAAAAAAGAUGGGGAUCUAAAGAAUUACAUAUUAAACCGGGAGAGUCUCUUGAUAUUAUAGAAAGUACGGAUGACGCCAAGGUCCUGUGCCGCAAUGAAAAAGGAGAAUAUGGCUAUGUCUUGAGAAGCAAUUUAGUUCAAAACGAAGGAGAGAUUUAUGACAAUGUUGCUGAGGACAUCUAUGAUAACGACUCAGAUGCAUGAUUCUGUUCAGCUAAUGACUUAAAUGAAGAUCACCUCUAGUUUGGACUCCUACUUGUGGAAGCUCAAUUACAAAUUAAUUGGUUACACCCCUGUAAAUGUAGAAUUAACUUUUCUUAGGAGUUCAACCUUUUGUCCUCCAUUGCUUUAAACUACAUUACAUUGCUAUUUAUCUGAGCCAUUAAAAUUCCCUUUAUUGAUGUUUUAAAUACAAUCAAAUACAAUUUGAAUACAUCUCAGAGGAGGGAUAUGGGGAUAUUAAAAAAAAAACAACUGUAGAGGUAAUAGCCUAAAAACUACUUUUUUACUAUAUUUAAAAUGACUGAUAAAAUACUGAAAAGCUGUACACAAACUUGACUUUCUCCCUUUAUAUUUGCUAUUUAACCAGCAUCUAGGCAUAAAAAACUAGUGGUAUUGUAAUUUUUUUCUUUUAUUUUACCAAUGCCAUUCACUGGAUGCAUUUUUUUCUCUCUUCUGAAAUUCUUUUGAAUAAAAGCAUACUUUCUGACAAGAAAUGUGUGUACACAAUCUUCUGUCAAGUAGAACAACAGUAGCUGCACAAUAACUUCUGAAAAUUA